ACAGCCGCUGCCCUUUUCACCUCUCACUUGGGAUUCUAACGUUCCUUUCUGUGACGCGGAGAUCGCAGGCUCGGGACAAGCACCCGAGAAUGUGCUCUACAGCCUGGUGAGAGAGUCCCGCGCAGCAGGCCGGAAGCCCGGACGUCGGCGCGCAGGAGCCCCGCCCUACGGGGCAGAGAUCCAGGCGGGGGGCGCGGCCGGGGCGGGGCCUGCGGCCGCGGGAAUCCCAAACCCGCCCCUUUCCCCACCCCUGUGUUUCUCGCCAUGGCCCCUGCUCUGCUGCUCGUCCCUGCUGCCCUCGCCUCUUUCAUCCUGGCCUUUGGCACCGGAGUAGAGUUCGUGCGCUUUACCUCCCUUCGGCCGCUUCUUGGAGGGAUCCCGGAGUCUGGUGGUCCCGAUGCCCGCCAGGGAUGGCUGGCUGCCCUGCAGGACCAAAGCAUCCUUGUCCCCCUGGCUUGGGAUCUGGGGCUCCUACUACUAUUUGUGGGGCAGCACAGCCUCAUGGCAACUGAGACAGUGAAGGCAUGGAUGUCCCGAUACUUUGGGGUCCUUCAGAGGUCACUGUAUGUGGCAUGCACUGCCUUGGCCUUGCAGCUGGUGAUGCGGUACUGGGAGCCCGUGCCCAGGGGCCCUGUGUUGUGGGAAGCUCGGGCUGAGCCAUGGGCCACCUGGGUGCCCCUCCUCUGCUUUGUGCUCCACGUCAUUUCCUGGCUCCUCAUCUUCAGCAUCCUUCUCGUCUUUGACUACGCAGAGCUCAUGGGCCUCAAACAGGUGUACUACCAUGUGCUGGGGCUGGGCGAGCCUCUGGCCCUGAAGUCUCCCCGGGCCCUGAGACUCUUCUCCCACCUGCGCCACCCAGUGUGCAUAGAGCUGCUGACAGUGCUAUGGGUGGUGCCUACCCUGGGCACUGACCGGCUCCUCCUUGCUCUCCUCCUUACCCUCUACCUGGGCCUGGCUCACGGACUUGACCAGCAAGACCUCCGCUACCUCCGGGCCCAGCUGCAAAGAAAACUCCACCUGCUCUCCCGGCCCCAGGACGGGGAGGCCGAGUGAGGAGCUGAUGUACUGAAGUUCCAAGUCCAGUACUUCCUCUCCCCCUCCAGUUCCAAAUCCCUUAGCAUCCAGGCCCUGGCUGCUUCAGACCAGAGGCCCAAAUCCAUGGACUGAAGGAAACAUCCCUUCCCCUGCUUGAGCCUCUACUCCUUGGGCCCGGCUCCAUUUCCUAAAUUCUGAGUUUCGGCCAUUGUACUCCAAGGUCCACUUCUCAUCAGCCAGGAAGAAGGAGUGGAGACUUUAUGUGUUAGGGCUUGACCUUCCAUUAACCACCUCCUCAUAAGGAGAAGGGUGGGGCCUGACCACUCCCCUGGCACUGUAACUGGCCUCUGUGCCUCAGGGAUCCUCUUCUCCAACGUCUUGCUCGCCCUCCUAGGAGCGGGACCAAGGCCUGCAAGUUUGACUAUAGUGGCUGCCCCUCCAGGCUCCACACCUUGCGGGCUCAGGGGGAGCAAGGCUCCCCCUCUCUGGCCUGUUCAGCUCCGUAUGCCCCACCCCUGGGCUCCAUCCUUGAACCUAGCUGAUCGGAUUCUCCCGCUCUUAAUUCGGUUGACUAAGGGCUCCCUGCUCUCCCGAGAAACACGCGCUACAGGAAAAUAAAAUUCAGCCUGUUUUUUCUA